GCUUUAUCGGUCAAUACUAAUAGAGAGAGAUGGAGACGUGCAGUUUGGAGAAACGAGGCAACGUCUUUUUACUGACUCUCACCGGCGACGACGAGCACAGGCUAAAUCCGACGCUGAUCGACUCCAUCAGAGCCGCCGUCCGCCGUGCACGAGCGGAGGCGGCUGCUGGGCCCUCCGUCUUGAUCACAACCAGCCACGGGAAGUUCUUCUCCAACGGCUACGACCUCGCCUGGGCUUCCUCCGACACAGCCCGGCUGGAGUCGAUGGACUCCAAGCUCCGAUCCCUCGUCUCCGACCUCCUCAACCUGCCGAUGCCGACGAUCGCCGCCGUCAACGGCCACGCCUCCGCCGCCGGCUUCGUUAUAGCGCUGAGCCACGACUACGUGCUCAUGCGCAAGGACCGCGGCUUCCUCUACAUGAGCGAGCUUGACAAAGGGAUGGAGAUUCCGGCGUGGUUCGUGGCGCUGCUGAAGAGCAAGGCGGCGUCUCCCCGUGCCUGGAGGGAGGUGGUCCUCAAAGCGGCGAAGCUGACGGCGAAUAUGGGCAUGGAGGUCGGUGUUGUGGACUCGGCGCAUGGUAGCCCGGAGGAGACGGUGAAGGCUGCGGUGGAGCUCGGGGAGAAGCUGGUGGCGCGUGGGUGGGACGGCCACGUUUAUGCUCAUUGUAGGAGGACUGUUUAUUCUAAUGUAUCGGUUUCGCUUGGAAGCGAUCUCGAGACUCGUUCUAGGUUGUGAUCAAUAUAAAAUAUUGAAAAAUGUUAUCAUAUUCUAGUUCAAAAUAAAGAUUUUUUAGAGA